AUCGACUGCCUUCUCAAUCAGUAGUGGAUUGUCGAUAAUCAGAGUUAGUCGUUUGCAUUGGCGGUUGUUGAAACAAAUCAUAUUUCAGUUAGCUUUUGAACGUUACACAUCAUCGACAUGGACGCUGUGAAUUCGCCUCCACCAUACGCGCCGGGUACGGCACCGAUAAGCUCUCAACCGGUCUCGGAUAUCGCUCAUCUCAAAAUGCAACCCGACAGCAACCACGAAGCACUAUUUCCCCUGAUUGCAAUCGACAGGAUCAAAUUUAAACAAUCUGUCGAAUGGCUACAGAUCGUCUGCGGUAUUGAAAUGCCGAUUCGAUUCGAACUGGCGAAUCAACUCAACACGCUUAUCUACCUCCUACGGGAGGAUGAAAACUGUUGCGAACGCAACUGUAUUCCACAAGGCUUUCGCACUAGAUCAACGCUACUUACGGCAAACGGUGCCGUUGCUCUGAAGUUUCAACGGGAAGGACGCUGCGUACUCAACUGCUGUAUGCCGUGUUGCUGCUAUCCAUUGCCGUUCAGUAGAGAACGGCUGACCGUUCUUGGUCCAAACGGUGCGGUUUUGGGUGUCGUCCAACAGGAAUGGUCCUGGUGGACAUCUCGCUUCACCAUUUUGAACGCCGAAGAGAGUGUGGUAUUAAAAAUUAACGGUCCAUCACUUAACUUUGCCUGCUUCACCGAUGUAAACUACGAAAUCGUUGCUCCGAACGAUGCUCGAAUAGGCAACAUCACCAAGCACUACGCGGGAUUUGUUUGCGAUACGUUUGCCGAUUUUGAUGAUUUUACUAUCAAUUUCCCGGGCGACUUGGAUGUCGCCGUAAAAGCUACUCUGCUGGGUGCUGUCAGCCUAAUAAAUUUGCUAUUUUUUCAAGGUUCCAUCAGACGAUUGGCUUGUGGACUAUCUGCUGGAAUAUGUCGCGCUGGGAUUGAUAGCCUCGGCCUCAAAUAGUUGAUAAGUGAUCAUGAGUCACAUUAAUUUAUAUCUACAGAGCCUUGCUAGAUAUUGAAUGAAUGUAACGAAUUUAAUUUUUUUUAUCUGUAGGUAUUCAUUAUGAUAACACAGUGCAACAAAAAUUAACUUUUUUUUCUGCCUUGGUUUCUAUAUAUAAUUUUUUGUGUAUUUUGAUGCAAAACCAAAUUUACCGAGUUUGAACAUAUUUGAACUUGAGGGGCAACAAUGGCGCCAUUUUGAAUUUUCGAGAAUUUGAAAAUUUUCGAUAUUUUUUUGACGCCAUUUUGUUUUAAGACCAAAUAUUAAAAUUCUAAGAGUUUGUCCACAUCUUCUUACCCAUCUUUAAAAAAAAACAGAUUUUAAAUCGGACAAAAACUAAGUUCUAAACGGUGAUUCUACGAAAACGGUUUUGGCAUGGUUUUAGUAUAUUUCACAAAGCAAAAUAAUAUCGAGUAUGUCUGAGCAUUAUUGGUAAUGCGCUGAUAUCUGAAAGUGGUAGUCAAAUUAUGUCUUAUAUUAAGUAAAAAAGUCUCAGAAAUCGACUGGUUGGUGUCUGAUCCACGUAAAUUGUCAGCAACAUAUCAAUUACAGCAACAAUCAACCCUAGUAACAAUAUUGGUUUUAUCAAAGUUUUAUAGCGCUCAAUAAAGCCAAAAUAGCGCUAUAAAACUUUGAUAAAACCCGUUUUGUUACUUGGGAAUUCCCCUACAAUACUAAAAUAGGUUAAUCUCGACGUUAGAUGAACUUAUUUGAAAUCUAUUUUAUGUAAUAUCUAAAGUGUAAGCGUGUAAUAUCUAAAGUGUAAGUGUACAAUAACAAUUUGUCAUUACAUGAUCAUCCCUCUUCUGCCAGGACCGGUCAAACAUAUAAUUCUCGCUUCAGCUAUUAGGGACGAAUGACCGUUUGGGGUUAAAGUCCCUUAAAAAGAAAUCAAUCAAUCAAUCGCUUCAGCUAUGAGACAGCAUCAUUGCGUCUACGAUAAAGUUAAAUGCGACACCCUCCCCGCCAAAAGGGGAGGAUCAUGUAAAGACACACUGUUAUUGUAUCUUUGAGUAUCUCUUGCACUCUCGAUAUUACAUUAAACAGAUUUCAAAUAAGUUCAUCUAACGUCGAGAUGAACCAAUUUUAGUAUUGUAGGGGAAUCGGGGCGAAAUCGACAUGUUGCUGACAUUUUACGUAGAUCAGACACCUACCAAUCGAUUUCUGAGACUUUUUAACUCAAUAUAAGAUAUAAUUUGACUACCACUUUUAGAUAUCAGCGCAUAACCAUUAACGCUAAGACAUAUUCGUGAAAUAUACUAAAACCAUGCCAAAACCGGUUUCGUAGAAUCACCGUUUUGAGCUCAGUUUUUGUCCGAUUUAGGAUCUGUCUUUUUUUUAAGAUGGGUGAGAAGAUGCUAAUAUGUGGACAAACUCUUAGAAUUUUGAUAUUUUGUCUUAAAACAAAAUAGCGUCGAAAAAACAUCGAAAAUUUCCGAUUUCUCGAAAAUGCAAAAUGGCGCCAUUGUUGCCCCUUAAGUUGAUAUAUGUUCAAACUCGGGAAAAUUUGGUUUUGCAUCAAACUUCAUCAAAAAACAUACAUAGAAGCCAAGGCAAAAAAAUUUUUGCACUGUGUAAUUUAAAUAUUAUCUUUUUAAACCAUUUCCAAAAAAUGCUAAUGAUGAUUUAAACGUCAACGAUCAAAUAAU